GGACACGAUUAGCAGAUUAAGAAGGCCGGGCAAUGAUUUUCUUUGCAGAAUUAUUCCACCUCUAUCACAGCAGCCAUGGAAAUCCUAACGGCCCUCCUGCUCUCAUGGCCGUACAUCGUGGGGUCAGCGACCGUGUAUUUCACAACUCUCAUUUUCUACCGUUUGUUCCUCCAUCCUCUAGCCAAAUUCCCAGGUCCAAAAGUAGCAGCCAUAACUCGAUAUUAUGAAGCUUAUUACGACAUCGUCCAGAAUGGCCAGUACAUCUUCAGAAUCCAAGAGCUGCACAAGAAAUAUGGCCCAAUCAUCCGAAUCAGUCCGUACGAACUUCACAUCCUAGACUCGGCCUUCUACGAGAAGCUAUAUUGCCAGGAAGGACGCUGGGAGAAGUACUCCUGGGCUUAUGAUGCCUUUGGAGUAAAAGAUUCAAUCAUAUCCACUGCGAACCACGAGUUGCAUAAAGCCCGGCGGCAGCCACUGGAUGCCUAUUUCUCCAAGACGAAAGUAGCUAACCAACAAGCACUAAUCCUGCGGAAUCUGGAAAAGCUUUGUAGCCGGCUUUCCAAGGUUUCCGGUUCAAGAAAACCCAUCAAUCUCGGAGCUGCCCUCAGCGCCUUUACCAGAGAUGUGUCGACCGAGUUCAUGAUUGGUAAAAGCUACAAUGAUCUUGACCAUGAGGACUUCAACAUCGCCUUGACGAAUAUGACGACAACAGGCUUUGGUUUCAUCUGGCGCAUGACCAAGCAUAUAACUUGGUUUGGUCCCGCAAUGAAAGCUAUACCCUUCGACUGGGCGAUGAAACUUUCAAACGACGAUACCAAAGCCUUCCUCAGUAUGUUAAGAACCAGUGAACAGGACACAAAGGAACUCAUGGCAGCCGCAACCUCACCUAGCCCAGAUGAGAAGGCCCAACGUACCAUAGUCCACGAAAUAAUGGACUCCAGCCUGCCUACCUCAGACAAGUCCUUCGAACGCGUUGCCGGGGACGUAGCCACCGUGACCAGCGCCGGUUUCGAGACAACUUCCUCCGCUUUGCGAUUAAUCAUCUACCACGUUUUCAGCAAGCCCGACAUCCUUCAGCGACUCCGAACCGAGCUUGCAACGCUUGGUUCUGCAGAUAAAUUCGAGUGGAGAAGACUAGAACAGCUAUCCUAUCUGACUUCAGUAUUGAUGGAAGGCCUGCGCAUGAGUCCCGGUGUCGUUUCACGCCUGGCACGCAUCGCUCCAGAUAGAGACAUUAUGUACAAAGAAUGGGUUAUACCUGCUGGUACACCUGUCGGGAUGUCCGUUUUAACUUUGCAUAUGGACAAGACGUUGUAUCCGGACCCAAGACAUUUUGACCCUGAUCGUUGGAUGGAUCUUGAGGUGCGGAAGAGGGCGGACAAGGUGUUUGCGCCGUUCUCGAAAGGAACUAGGAUGUGCAUUGGCAUGUAUCUUGCGUGGGCCGAAAUGUAUUUGGUUCUCGCCACUCUGGUGCAACAAUUCAACUUUGAAUUCGAAGGAGCCAGCGCGAAGGACUUUGUAUGCUCGAGCGAUGAAUUCAGUCCUGGGACUAGUAGUUUGGCUGUUCUGAAGGUCUUCGUUACUCCGUAUGAGGGCUGAUAUGAGUUUCUUCUUAGAGUGAGUCGAUAGGUUGAUUGGUAGGUUUAGUUUGGGGAUCAUAGCCAGGAAGAGUUGAAUUCCUAGAAAACCUAAUGUUUUAUG